GUGGGUUUCGAACCACAAGGAAAUGAUGAGGAGUUGAUGAUAAUGAAAUCGUCGAUGGAAAGUCGUCAGUCUAGUGCGGGUCUGAGGGAUGAGGUCCUGAGGAGGGCUACGUUGACUCGGGAGGAGCUCCAGCAGUUGGAGGCUAUGAGGCCGUAUCCUCAGCUGAGAGAAUUGGAGUUGUGGGAG